UCCGGUGUGUCGUCAGCAGGGCAGCCUGACCAGAGCUGCUCGGCCCCUCCAAACAGCAGCUGGUUGCUCCUCGGUGCAACCCGGAGCUUCUCCGCCUCCUUUACCCGCCAUCUCCCCUCGGUUCUCGGCUGAAGACAUGGCCUCGGACGGCAUGGACGAAAGAUCCCCGCUGCUGUCGGGCCCCAACUCCGAGAACGUGACCCCCACCGCCCCGCCGUACCUGCAGGAUUCCAGUCCCCGAGCUGAACUACCUCCUCCGUACACGGCCAUCGCCAGCCCGGACACCGGCGGUGUGCCUGUCAUCAACUGCCGCGUGUGCGAGUCGCUCAUCAACCUGGAGGGGAAGCUACAUCAGCACGUGGUGAAGUGCACCGUCUGUAAUGAAGCCUCGCCGAUCAAGAAUCCACCAACAGGGAAGAAAUAUGUGAGGUGUCCCUGUAACUGCCUGCUCAUCUGUAAAGACACGUCCCGGAGGAUAGGAUGUCCUCGACCAAACUGCAGACGCAUCAUUAACCUAAGCCCAGUGAUGGUGAUCCCUGAAGAACAGCCUGCUCAGCCUGCUCUGCCCAUCCAACCCCAGGGGAUGAGGGUGGUCUGUGGUCACUGUGGCAACACCUUCCUAGGCAGUGAGGACGCCAAGUCAUCCCAGCCCAUGACUACCUUAACCAGUGAUGGCUCCACCCCAGCACCAGAACAGUGGAUGGAGCUUCGGUUCAACACACUAGCCAAGUGUCCCCACUGCAAAAAAAUAUCCUCUGUCGGUAGUGCCCUUCCCAGGAGGCGGUGCUGUGCUUAUGUUACUAUAGGAAUGAUCUGCAUUUUCAUUGGAGUGGGUUUAACUGUUGGUACCCGGGACUUUGCCAGUCGUUACAACGCCACCUAUGUGUCCUGGGCUUUUGCCUACCUGCUGGGCCUCAUCUGUCUGAUAAGAGCCUGCUACUGGGGCGCGAUCAAAGUGAGCUACCCAGAGAACAGCUUCGCCUAGAACGAACGAGUCACGUCUGGAAGAACCACCCCCGGCUUUUAGUUGUUCUUUUUUUCUUUUUUCAUAUUGUUCUGAUUACAAACCAGUCAUGUUCAGGAGAGUGGGACACGUGUGUGUGUGUGUGUGUGUGAGGGAGAGUGUGAGUGUGUGUGAAGAUGUGUAUAUCAAUGAUAUAUCCUGCUGCACUUGUGUCUGGAAUGUUUUCUAACUCACCGAACAAACUUUGUGUACGUCUGCUCCUCAGACACUCACGCCGUGCUCUGGCCUUGCUUUAAUUCCCAGAAAUACAGAAUGAAUCGUUUACAAAAUGUGAUUUUUGUCUUGAUGAAUGCUGAGUGAUUGUUUCGCCUACUGGCUGGAUUUGGUCUCUUUGAAUCAGCUACUACUACAGGAACUGCUCCGACCUGAUGGUACGGUCAUGAUUUCACACCAGAGUAAGACGAACUCCUGACAACAGUUUUCCCAUUGCACUACGAUUAUAUGCAAAUGUUCAUUUUGUUUUGCUGCUAGUUGAAAGUCCAGCCACAGAAAGCUGCAUAUUAUAUACUGUAACGUAACCAUUUACUGUACUCCUCUGCCUGUGAACACUGACAUACUAUUACUACGUGAUUUUAACUCUGGAAAUGAUCAUUUUUUAAAGAGGAAAUCAUCCUUGGAUACCUAUCUGUGCCAAUGUUACUGCCCAGUAUUUGUCAAGAGUGACGUCAGACCUACAGGAGCUUGUUUAUUUGUCAGUGCCAUGCAGCUCUUACCUCACCACAGAAGUUACCCUGCAGUUUCUGGAACUCUCUGUCACUGUGGUCAUGUUGGUAGAAACGUGAGACUAGCAUCUGCAUGUGUUCCUUCAUUUUGUUUCCACAGUGAAAUUAUUAAACUGUUUCUGUGAGGUAGCUAAUGUGUGUGGUGAUGAUCAUGACGAUGAUGAUGAUUCGUCUUUUCUCUUUCUGAAAUGUGCAUAAGAAUUUAAACCCUCCUCUUCCUCCUCCUCUUCCUCCUUCCCCUGCUUUUAUCUCUGACCUCCAGUGAACUCUGUGCUAGCUAGCAUUGGUGUACAUUUAACUCAGCAUCCUGUCUCUUGACGUUUACCAGUGGGCACAGUUCAAACUUCUAACUUUGUUUUGAAUGUGAUGAUAAUAAUAAUGAUGAGGGGAAUGAUGAUGAGGAUGAUAAUAAUAGUAAAGCAGGAAAUAGUGUAAAAAACUUUGUACAUAGUUCAGAUUUAGGACUAGGGUGUGAGCUGGAAGGAUAUGUUGGCUUGUGGAUCUUUUUAAACAUGAUAAUUUAUCAAUAAAAUCACAAAUCUGA